CCGGGCGGCGACGCGAUGGAUUCGAGGCCGCGCGAGGUAGGCUCCCCCAGUGAGGCGGCCGACGGCGCCGCUGCGCCAGCCAUCGCGAUGGUUGAGGUCGAGGUCACCAAGCCCCGCAACGACAAGCGCGGGUACCGCCGCGUGGUGCUCCCCAACGCUCUCGAGUGCCUCCUCAUCAGCGACCCCGACACCGAUAAGGCGGCGGCGUCGAUGAAUGUUUCGGUGGGGUACUUCUGCGACCCCGAUGGGCUGGAGGGGCUCGCUCACUUCCUCGAGCAUAUGCUUUUCUAUGCGAGCGAGAAAUAUCCUAUAGAAGAUAGUUACUCAAAGUACAUUGCUGAGCAUGGUGGUUCGACCAAUGCCUAUACAACUUCUGAACACACAAACUUCUAUUUUGAUGUGAACAAUGACUGCCUGGAUGAUGCUUUAGAUAGGUUUGCACAAUUUUUUAUAAAGCCAUUGAUGUCCCCCGAUGCAACUCUUAGGGAAAUAAAAGCCGUUGACUCUGAAAAUCAGAAAAAUCUAUUGUCAGAUCCAUGGCGAAUGAGUCAGCUCCAGAAGCAUCUUUGCUCGAAUAACCACCCAUACCACAAGUUCAGCACUGGAAAUUGGAACACUUUGGAGGUUAAACCAAAGGAGAAAGGAUUAGACACAAGGCUCGAGCUUAUCAAUUUCUAUGAUUCACACUACUCAGCCAACUUGAUGCAGCUUGUUGUGUAUGGAAAAGAGAGUCUGGACAACAUUCAGACCCUUGUCGAAAGUAAGUUCUGUGAUAUCAAGAAUGUUGGGAGGAAGCAAUUUUCUUUUCCUGGUCAUCCAUGUUCAAGCAAAGAUCUUCAGAUCCUUGUUAAGGUGGUUCCCAUUAAACAAGGUCAUACAUUGCGAGUACUGUGGCCAAUCACUCCAAAUAUUAGGCAUUACAAGGAAGGUCCUUGUAGGUAUGUGAGCCAUCUAAUUGGUCAUGAAGGAGAAGGAUCUCUCUUUUACAUUCUAAAAAAGUUGGGAUGGGCUAUGAGUUUGGAAUCAGGGGAAGGGGACUGGAGUUAUGAGUUCUCUUUCUUCAGUGUUGUUAUACAGCUGACAGAUGUAGGCCAUGAGCACAUGGAGGAUGUCAUUGGAUUGCUGUUCAGAUACAUUACAUUGCUUCAGACCUCUGGAACUCCAAAGUGGAUUUUUGAUGAGCUUCUAGCCAUCUGUGAGACAGGAUUCAACUAUCGAGACAAGAGCCCUCCAAUGAAUUAUGUUGCCAGCAUUUCCUCAAACAUGCAGAUUUUUCCACCAGAAGAUUGGCUGAUUGCGUCAUCUGUACCAUCAAAGUUCUCGCCAGAUGCUAUUCAGAGGGUGCUAAACGAAUUGACUCCAGAUAAUGUUAGAAUAUUCUGGGAAUCAAAAUCAUUUGAAGGGCAAACAAACCUAACAGAACCAUGGUAUGGUACGUCAUAUUGUGUUGAAGCAGUGCCUCCUUCCACUAUGCAGAAAUGGGUAGAAAAGGCUCCCGACGAAGAUUUACACCUGCCAAAACCUAAUAUUUUCAUUCCAACUGAUCUUUCAUUGAAAAAGGUUGAGGAAAAGACAAGUUUCCCUUGCAUGCUGAGGAAAACACCCUUUUCCAGAUUAUGGUACAAGCCCGACACACUGUUUUUCACACCCAAGGUCUACAUCAAGAUGGAUUUCCAUUGUCCUCUGUCCCAUAGCUCUCCUGAAUCAUCAGUUCUUACUGGUGUAUUUACUAGGUUACUGAUGGAUUAUUUGAAUGAUUAUGCUUAUGAUGCUGAAGUUGCUGGCCUGUAUUAUGCUGUUGUGCCAAACGACACUGGUUUUCAGGUUACUAUGGUUGGCUAUAAUGACAAAAUGACAACCCUUUUGGAGACUGUUAUUGGCAAAAUCGCAAAUUUUGAAGUUAAGGUUGACCGUUUUUCUGUGAUAAAGGAAACUAUGGCAAAGGGGUAUGAGAAUUUUAAAUUUCAGCAGCCAUAUCAGCAAGCGAUGUACUAUUGCAGAUUGAUAUUAGAGGAGCAAACUUGGCCAUGGGAUGAAGAACUUGCUGCACUUUCUAAUCUUGAAGCUAGUGAUCUUGAGAAUUUCCUGCCUCAUAUGCUGGCAAAGACAUUUAUAGAGUGCUAUUUUGCAGGGAAUAUUGAACCAAGCGAAGCGAAAAGUGUUGUCCAGCAUAUUGAAGGCACCUUAUUUAAUUCGUCCAUCAGUGUUUGCAAAUCAUUAGCACCAUCACAGCAUCUUACAAAGCGAAUUGUGAAGCUUGAAAGGGGUUUGAAGUAUUAUUAUCCAGCAAUGUGCUUAAAUCACCAGGACGAAAAAAAUUCUUCGCUUCUGCAGUAUAUUCAGAUUCAUCAGGACGAUCUCAAACAAAAUGUCCUACUUCAGUUGCUUGCUCUUGUUGCCAAGCAACCAGCUUUUCACCAAUUACGUUCGGUUGAACAACUUGGCUAUAUAGCACUGCUUAGACAGAGAAAUGAUUCGGGAGUCCGGGGGUUGCAGUUUAUAAUCCAGUCAACUGUGAAGGAUCCAUUCAAUCUAGAUGCCAGGGUUGAAGCUUUCCUCAAGAUGUUUGAAGUCACUCUGCACCAAAUGCCUGAUGCAGAGUUCAAGAGUAAUGUCAAUGCUCUCAUUGACAUGAAACUGGAGAAAUACAAGAAUAUAAGGGAGGAAUCAGCAUUCUUUUGGGGGGAGAUUUCUGAAGGAACACUGAAAUUUGAUAGAAAGGAAGCAGAGGUUGCUGCGCUGCGGGAGCUUAAGAAGGAAGAGCUCAUAGAGUUCUUCGAUAAUCAUGUCAAGGUUGGCGCACCAGAAAAGAAGAUCCUUAGCAUACAAGUCUACGGUUGUCUUCAUUCCUCCGAUUACGAAAAGAUACUUCAUGAUGCUCCACCACCUCAUUGGCAUGGAAUAACUGAUAUAUUCAGCUUCAGGAGGUCGAGACCUUUAUAUGGUUCAUUCAAAGGAGGUGCUGGCCAAAUGAAACUAUAGGACAACUUUGUUUGGAGUCAUCUUUACAUGUAACUUGUAAUUUUCCUAAAGAAAAUAUUCAGUGGGAGAAAUGUUGUUGCCUUUGGCUAGCGUGAAUACAUUUCAUAACAACUCUAGCAAUAUCAAUUUGACAUUUUAUAGUUAAUGUUUUUUUU